UACGCGAUGUAUACUCAUGUACGUGCGUUUUCCUCGUGCAAGUACGUUCAUACAUCGAACGCACGUAAGUUCGUAGUGAUGAAGCGCGAACGACAGGAUCGAUAAAAGAGGAAGAUCGUGGUCACGGGGUACACAGGCUACGAAGAAGGAAAGUAGAAUAACGAAGUAAUAGAGAGAGAGUGAAAUAGAGAUUUGGAGAGUGUGAGUGGAUGGGAGAGUGCCGGGGUUGCGACCAGGGUAGGCGGAGAGGGCGGAGUGGGCGGCAAUGAUCAGGCGGUGGGCAUAAAGAGGAUAGGAUAAUAUCGGUGCGCGACCUCCGCGGUAGCUUCAAGUUCGCCGCUUUAAUACCGGCAGAUCUACGAUGUAGUUAUGCCGAAGAAAAGUACUAGACAUGUGAGAGAGCCGGGGUUAACGAGAAGUUCUUAUCAUAAAAGCAAUAAUCUCGAAGCAACAGCAGAACCGAAAACGAAACACUUUCUGAGCGUUCGGAUUGGUCUUACCAACGGUAAACGUUGGCUUUCUCUUAAAAAACGCUUAGGUCUGUCAACGGAUGAAGAUGUUGCAGUCUAUUUGCUGGAUCUUGCUGAAUCUGUCUCCAGACACAACAUUAAGUGCAAUGGAGAAGAGGAAAAGGAAAUGGGUCAAGAGAAAAAGAGCAAAACAGAACCGAUGCAAACUGAAGAUUUGAUAGAAGAUACAAGGGAAUUUGUUCGUCGAAGCUUGAGGAAACAAAACAGUAGCACAGUUGCAGAAUCUGAAACACUUGCUGUUGAGGCACAAACCAAGUUAUCUAAUGAUGCUGAUGUACAUGUUCGACAUACUUCAAAAUCUAAACACCAUAAAAAUAAAGCUAAGCAUCAUAAAGAUAAACGGAAAAGGAAAAGGCGUUUUAGAACUGAAAAUAUUGUUUCACCAUUAGAUUCUGUUAUACGAUCUUCUAGUGAUAUUACAUCAGGAGAUGAGGAACAAACUUCCUUUAAAAAAGACAACUCUAAAUCAGCCAGUGAAGUAGAGUUGAAGUUAAAAAACAGUCUUCGCAUUAGUACGAAGACAGUUGAAUCUGUUAAGUCAAAGACUGAACACGUAGAUAGCAUAGAAUAUAUAGAAAAUGUAAAUAUUAACAAAAAUGUACUUUAUCAUGAUAUUGAAGAUGUUGAUAUGGAAAGGAUUAUGAUGGUUAGUGACAAAAAUGAACAGUCAAGAUCUAAUUGUUUAACAAUAUCAUCUGAUGCUAAGAGUAACAGUGAAAGUAUGGUAGAACAAAUCUUGAAUGCAACAGAUUCAACAUCUACCAUGACUCCUCACGUGCAACCUAGUGAGAUAAAAGAUGAUAAGAACAGCCCAAAUAAUAUACAAUAUGUUGAUACAAAUUCUAAUUGUUCAAAUAUCAAUGUAAAUAUAAAUCAAGAAAUAGAAGAUCGAAAAUUGAAAAAGAAACGAAAACGAUUGAAAUAUGAUACUGAGGAGAAUGAUGAUGAAAACCUAAAAGAAGAUUCGUCUGAAGACAUUGUAGAUGAUUUCAUACAUAAACAUAGAAGAAAAAGGCACAAACACACUAAUGAGCAUAAAAAUCGUAAACAUCAUGAUGUACGGAAAGCACCGCAGGAUGGAAUAAUUGUGCAAGAAGAUAAGAAUACUUGUUCUACAAUAAAUGAUACAACUUCAAUUACAAUUGAAAAGCUUCAAAAUGAAACAAAUGUUGAGAACCUAAUAUCUGAGCCUCAAAGAUUAGCUAUUAAAAUAAAGCUCUGCCAGGAAUGUAAUAAUCGUCACUUGCAGGACGCAUGUCCACUAAUAACACCUCUGUAUGCUAUUUCAGAUUCUAUAUCAUAUGAAAAUUGGUUAAAUAAACACAAAGAAAAUACAGAAGUUUUAAAGGCCAUAAAAUCAGAUGAUCCUAUAUCUGAAGGAUAUGGGAAAAUAACAGAAGAUAAUAAUGAAUCAGAUGAUGAAUCCUUACUAACUGAACAAUGUAAAACAAAAAUGAAAACUCAGAAGGAGGAAAAACAAUUAACUGUAGAUAUAGAUCGACCAUUGUAUGCUAGAGACUCUUUACCUGAAUGUUUUGAGUUGAAAAUUACCAAUUCAGAACAUGGACUUGGAAUAUAUGCAAAAAGUUCUGUUCCAAUGCAUGUUAAAUUGGGUCCUCUCAUUGGACAACCAGUUAGGGAAAUGGAUAUUCCUGAUGAUUUUCCCAUGAGACACAUUUGGGAGAUAGAUAAUGAUGGUAAAACUUCCUAUAUAAGCACCACUAAUCCACUAAAAAGUAAUUGGAUCCGUUAUAUUAGACCUGCUGAAACAAAAGAGGAACGAAGUGUAGCUGUAAUAACAAAACAGGGAGAACUACAUCUUGUUACUACACAGAAUAUUGUGUCAGGAAUGGAACUGACUUAUUGGGCAGACUCUCAAUCUUCUGCAUGGACACGAAAGAAUAAAGUAGACAAGACGAACUGUGGAGGAUGUAAUUUAAAUUUUGCCCAUCCAAUAUAUUAUCGGUUACAUUGUUGUAUCUUUCAUGAUACUAACUAUAGUUUAACUAUAAGGAAAUAUCAUUGUAAGGUAUGUGGAGCUGCUGUUUUAGGUAAGGAUAACAUUAUGAAACAUGCAGCAGAAUUACAUGGAGGUCGAGGUGCAUAUCAGUGUCAAUAUUGCAAAAAAUUCUUUUUACGUUUAAAUUACCUUGAGAUGCAUCGUACGUAUGGUUGCGCACAAAAUCCACAACGUUCAAGACCAUUGUGUGAUUUUUGUGGCCGCAAAUUUUGUCAGCCACAAAAAUUAAAAGUGCACAUCAAACGAAUGCAUAAUGAUAUGUCUGAAGUGCUCAGAGAGUUUCAAUGUAAAUUAUGCUUGAAACUUUUGGGAUCUCGCGCUGCUCUUCAACGUCAUAUGAAAGAAGUUCAUCAUAAAGAUGUAGUUGGUGCCGCGACUUGCGAUCGAUGUGGAAAAAUGUUCCAAAAUAAGAGUAAUCUCAAAAUACAUAUGUUGACACACAGUGGAGUAAAACCGUUCAAAUGCAAAGAAAACAGUUGUAAAGCAGCAUUUACGACUAAACAGUGUUUACAAUUUCAUUACAAAAAAGUACAUGGUCUUACAGAAGAAAUGAUGCCAAAAAUCGAGCGAUCUGUUGCUUAUACUUUCGACGCAUAUAGCGGUGGACUUGUCGAAGAUGUUGGUCGUGGAAAAACACCUCGACCUAGUAAAAAAACUUCUCAGAAUGAAAAUGAUAAUAAAAUAUCCGUGAAUGAUAGCCCCAAAAAUGAAUUAAAGAUUGAAACACCAAAUAUUUCUACACAUUCAAGCAUAAUCGAGUUUGGUACAAGUCCUACGUCAAAGUAUAAAAUUGAGCAUAAUUCCCGAAUUACAUCAUCGUCACUUCCGAUGGGUGCGUCAAUGCCAAGUGGUCUUGAAUCGACAGUAGAAAGCGUUCGCACAGAAACAGAUUUAUAUAAUACUUCCAGAUUACAAAGUAAAGGAAGCAAAAAAUGGCUUGGUGAAUUCAAUCCUCAUAUUUCUUCAGAUGUAACAGUAGUAUCUAAUACUAUUUCUCAUUUGUCAACAAAUGUUGUUACCGGAAAUACUUAUGAGUUUGAGGAUACUCGAAAAGAAAUUGAUGAUAAAAUAUCAACAAACAAUAACAGAACGCAAAACAUUAUGGAAAAUAACAAACUAGGACUUAGUGUCUAUAGAAGAACUGAAAGCGCGAAUGCUAGCUUAUUGGUUGAAGCUGCUCUUGAUGCUGCUGAACGGGAUAUAGGAGCAGUAACUAGUCCAAUAUUGGAUGAUAACGAUCGCGACACAAAUCUUUACUCAAUAUCCAGUCAGUUACAAUCUCCAUUACCUCAGAGAUCACCGAACCAUUUAGAUUCCUAUAUACAACAACAAGAGGAACUGAUAUCUCCUGCACCUACGCCAGAUAGCCGAAAUACACCACCCACGCAUUUACAUGUCGAUUAUCAACUGCAUCGACCUGUUGAUUACAUUGGUACAUCAAGAACGCAUAACAUCGAACAGUAUUUACAUCACGAAGAAAUACCACGUGUCUCUUCGCCGAACGGUUACAUACAUAUUCAACAAGAAGAUUUAGUAUCACCUUCAGAAACACCAAAUCCCAGAUAUCAAGAUGUGCACCAUCAUCAUCAUCACCAUCAUCACCAUCAUCAUCAUCAGGUAUCUCAGGAUAAUUUGUCUAGUGACGAAGGCGAUUCAGUUGUACAAAAUCUCAGUCUUUCCGUGAAAGAGAAGACAAUGCAAUUAGAUCUUUCGACAUCAUACAAAUAUGAUUCUCUCGACCAAGAGUUUGCUAGAGAAAGAACUAGUUUCGAGCCUCUUGUUCUAAAUGGAGAACUUCAGGGUUUGGAUAUGUCUGCUAGAGGAUUUCAUCAUAGUUUUGGUGUACAAAUACAAAAUGCACGGUAUCAUCAUCAUCAUUUAUACGAAAUUGCAGAAAGACAAAGUGUUGAUCUUAGCAGGACUGGAAGCUACUCGAUAUCACCUACUCCACUUUCAGUACCUUCUCAAGUAUCAUCUGGUUCUUCAGUGACCGUAGUUCCUCCACCGCCACCGCCUCCACCACCACCACCACUACCACCACCACCGCCUCCUCCUCCACCACCGCCACCACCCCCUUCAGCUCCUCCUCCUCCACCACCACCUCCGCCACCGCCACCACCUGCACCACCUCCUCCACCUUAUCCUCAUAGCGAUGUUCUAAGGGUUGUAAGUUUAGAUCUUACUCCUGGUGGACGACAUACGGUAGAUCUCACUCUUUCAAGACCACAUCAUUUGCAUGGAUCCGGUGCUCGUGUAAUAACAAGUCCACAACCUGCAGGUUCCGGCAAUCCACAUAUCGUACCUGACGCGGUCGAUGGACGAAUUUUAUCUUCUCCUCCUCCACCGCCUUCUUUGUCAGGAUAUAAUCCAAGUUAUCCUGUAAGUCCUACUCCGUAUCAUCCACCAAGACCAGGAUACCAUCAUUAUUCCAGUUAUUAUUAACUAACAUAGAUAAUUUCAGUACCUUUAUCCUAUAUUUUAAAGUACCCACCGAGUAACUUUUCUAAUAUAAUUUUUGCUAUAAAAAUAUUUCAACCGUAAAUAAUGAAAGAAUAUGCUAUAUCACUAUGGUAUAAAUGUUCAUACAUACUGGAUUGAACGGAAAAUUUGUUGCGUUUUUAAAUCGAUGAUUGUUUAUCAUUAUAAAAUAAAGAAAAGAAAUUACUGAAAAGAUUCUCAAUUCGACUACAUAAACAGAACGAACUUUCCGUCCAAUCCAAAGCUGUCUUUUCCCUUUGUUUUUUCUAUUUAGAAAUUCAAGACCAUGAGCUAGUCGAAGCGAAAUUCUUUUAUACAUUAACUUGUACAUUAAAUUAAAUAACAAACAACGGAGACCAAUUACGGAAUGUCGACACUAUUGGUUUGGUCUUUCUUGCACACAUAUGAUAAUGCAAAGUCAACGUUAGAUACAGUAAAAAUUUCUAGAACUUUACCAUUCGAAUUAAAGUACAACUCUGAAACAGAGAUGCGCACAAAUAUGAUAAAACCAGUUAUGUUAGAUCGUCUAGUUUUCGAGUGGUUUAAUGCACAUGGUUGAAUUAGUCAACCGGUCGAACGCGAGUGUCACAAAAGUAUAUAGUAAAAAGUGACGUGUAUCUAUUAUUUUUGGAGUGAACUUUAUUUUUUUAAACUAUUUAUGAACAAAAUUGUAGAAAUUCGUUCUGCGAUUAGAAGUACAAUGCAUGAUUAGAAAGAAGAUUAAUUUCUCAAUUGUGUAGUUCCCAGAAUCGUACAAUUUAUAGUACGCACGUUCUUUUAUAUAAUCAUGUAAAACUUGAAUAUAGUAAUCAUACUUUUAGUUAACUGGUGAUAAAUUUUUUCGAUGUAAGUGAUACUUCUCGUGAAAUGUUACUUAACUUUUAAUAUAUAUGUAUAUUCUUCUACUUCUUGUUCGUCAACAAGAAAGUACUCGUAAGAUGUAACGGUAGUUGCCAUAAAUUUUUGCAACAGUAUUUUUCGGAUAAUUAGUUAACGGCGUCGUCUCCUCUACACGUCGUCCUUGUUUUCAAAUUUAGAUUAAGAAUUCAUAGUCAGGUUGUCGUAAUAAGAUAAAGAAACAGUAAUGGGAUAAACAGAUGAGUGAAAAGCUGCGAUAUUAUUAAUGCGCGUGGAAAUUUUUACCUCUCGACAAAUAUUGUGAAUCGUGAUUUCGAUCAUUUACGACAAAUCACAAUCCGCGAAAUAAAUCAAUCAAGUUGCCUAACGAUAGUUAUAAGUGUAUUUAUAUGCGAUGAUAAUGAAACUUAAAUUUUCUUAAACGUCUCAUUUUUAUUCUAGUCAUAUUAAACAUUUGUAUUAAAGUAAUAUUAGUUAUUAUUAUCAUAUUCUGGGCAUUCGAAAUGUCAGUACUAUCAAAAAAUUGCAACGAUUGUUUCAUUUGCAUAAAAAAACGCACUUUUUUAUCUUUGAAACGUUGUUAAAAUAAGUAUCAUAUAAAUAUUGAUUAAGAUUGGAUUAACAAUACAAUCGAAUUUAUUUACAAGUAUGUAUAUCGAGAUACAUAAACACACACACAUAUAAGAAAUGAGCGUAGUUUACACCUUUUUCCAAUCUUCUUUACUAUUUCAUUUGCUACUACCAAAGAAUAAGGAAUCGUGCAACCUUUGUGCCAAAUCGAUAAGACGUUUAUCACUGUAUGUACAGUUUUAACAUGAACGCACCGAUUAUUUUGUAUUAAAUAGAAAUACUCGUAGUAUUAAUGAUAAAUAAGUAUAUAAAUAUACAGUUGUAUGUAUGAUGUGUGCAAGCGUAUGUGUAUGUAUGUAUGUACAUAAUUGGAUAGAUGUAUGUACAUCGCACGUUUUUCUUUUUAGGUGAUACAACUACUAUGUUUCUCAUUUUUGAAGUAAAUAUCGAUCAAUUGUUUAUCUUUUUAUUAAUGACAAUGAUAUUUUCUUCUAUUUUAUUUCUUUUGUAUUGUACAUUGCGUUUUUUUGCAACUUAGGGCUUCCUAUUCAUUUUUAAUUAGCAUUGACACGUUUAAUAUUAUUUCUUUUGUAAGAAACAACAGAAAUAGCCGAGGAAGUAUCAAUUUUUUCCCUUGUUCGUAUAUUCAUGUACUACUAGUUACAAUUACACAAAACUUUUAAACAACAAUGUUCACGAGUACAAAUACGACACGGAAUACAUUUGUAUCGGAUUUCUUAACAUGACAAGCAAAAUUAAUAGAAUAAACCAUAAAAAUAAUAAGAUCGCAACGAGAGUUA